AUGUCUGAAAUGGAGAAGGAGAAAGGUUGUACAUUGCAAUGGAGACAGAACAAAGGCUAUAUGUCAAAUAACUUUUCUGCUGGCAAGGGGAACCACGGACCAUACGGAAACACCGGCGAGGAAAGGUCGGCAGAGAAGAGUGAUGCAGAUGGUGGAAUAACAAGUGGUAGAGAUGGAGAGAGUAGUGUGGAACCUACCAUAGUAUUUAUGAGUUAUGAUGAAUAA